GUUGGGGAAAGUCGUAAACUCACCCUAGUGGCACCUGCUGACUGUGGGUACACAGGCAGGCUCAUUAAGGCUACUAAAAUAGGACAGAAUUCAGUCCUCUACAUAGCUCCUCUUCAGGAUGAGCUUGACACUGCUCCCUUACCACCAUCUUCUGAAGCCUUUCGUGACAUGCCUAAGGCAAUAUGCAAGAAAUGCAAUGUAUCAUACCCACUUCAACUUCUAACUAAUCACAUUAAGUCCUGUUCUGACGUUGUUGUGGUGGAGGAUGAGAAUGAUACUCAAAGUUCAGCAUGCGGCACAGGAUAUGGAGUGCGAGAACGAGGACAACAACAAAGUCAAGAACAAUGAACAGGCUUGCUGUCCUAUUUGUCAAGAAGAAAUGCCCUUUGACAUCUUGGAAGUCCAUGCCAGUGAAUGUGGGGAAAGUCCUGUGGAUAAUGACGUGAACAACACAGCUGAGUUUUCAAUCAUGGAUAAUGAUUGGAAGACUCAUCUGGACCCAAAAAUAGCUGCAUUCUUAUACAGAAAAGAAAUUCUCCGGUUACAUGAGACAGGGAAGCCUCUUUUCAUGUGUAUGGAUAUAAGAUCAAGUCCUGAAGAACAGGACAGGCAGCUAAUCAACUUUUACAAGCAAAGAAAUGUGGAGUGGGCAUGUCCUGUUAAAUGCCAGCUUCAAGGGGAUGUUGCAGUUGGUGAUGGAGUGUCCAGGCACUUUUUUUCUACAGUUGUUGAAAAACUGAAAUAUGGUUUCAGUUUGAACUUGGGAAACACUGGAGUGACUUGCCUCUUUGAGGGAGAGCCAGACCACUUGGUGCCUUCAUCGUCACAAUUACUUAUUGAAAGCGAUCUCUUCGUAGUAGCGGGGAGAAUGCUAGGCCAUUCCUUUCUGCAUGGCGGCCCAUGUCUUGCAGGGCUCAGCAGAGCUUUUGUUCAUGUUUUGCUUCAAGGUUCUCAGGAUACAGCCACUUUGCAAUUGGAAGAUUGCCCAGAUGUUGACAUACGUGAGACCAUCAACUUGCUCCGUGGACAGUCUCCAUUGAAUGAGGAUGAGUACAGUAAGGUCCUGGAACUUUGUUUGUCUUGGGACCUUCCUGGUCCAACAGAUGAAAAUAGAAGGUGGCUUUAUGAACGUCUGUUGUCUCAUGCGGUUAUUGGAAGAAGAACACGCCAAAUCAAACAAAUUAAACGAGGGCUAAAAGACACUUUUGUUUGGCCUCUUCUAACUGAGAGGACUGAUGUGGUAUUCUUUCCAAAGGAAUCAGAAGACUUAUGCACCUCUGAGAUGCUGCUUUCCCAUAUUUCCUGGGCUACAGAGAGUGACAAUGAAGAUGAUGAAUACUCAGCUGAUACAAAGGAACGGAUCACAGGGUAUUUAAGGCAAUUCAUUGAGACAGCAUCUGCCAAGGACCUAAAGGACCUUUUGAAGUUCUGGGUCAGAUGGGACCGGAUGGAGGCAAAUAUGGCUGUGGAAGUCGUGAAAAGUGAUCUCCCAAAAUCCUCUACCUGCUUCUGUGUUCUUCGGCUACCAGGGCACUACAAUGAUUUCCAGUCCUUCACAAAUGACUUGACGAUAUGCAUUGGUACUUGCAAGUUUGGUUUUGGCCAUGUGUAAUUUUUAGACAAGUACAUGUUACAUUUGUUACACACUUUUAUGAGAUGCUGUUCUGUACUUUGUUAAAAUUUACCUUUCAAGCUUGAUUUGUACUUUAGUGUACAUUAUGCAUACUAUGUUCAUGCUUUCAUAUUUUGAUACUAUGCUAUAAGAUAUAGUACAUUCCAUGUUUAAGUAAUGGGAUGAUGUCUUAUAUAUUACACCCAUUUUAUAAGCUUACAUUGUUACACAAUGGAUUGUUCAUGCAUGGGUUUAUGCAGUGGUUUUAGUAAUGUUGAAUUGUUGUUCCAUAGCUUGUCAGAAUCUGCAGAAUAUUUAAAGUAGGC